AUGACAUGUGUGUAUGCUCUGCUUUUUAGCUUACGUCCAAAGCCUUUAAGAAACAAUGCUUCUGGUAAUUUUGGAAUUCACCCUAAGAAGCCCUAUUUUGAUCAUAAAUUAUGGUGUGUUGGCAAAAAGUACUUACUAAAUAUAAAAAUAAUAAAAAGUGUAUUAGAACAAAGUCGCGAACUGAGUGUAAAAAAUUAUAUUUCACACAAUUUUAUAUCGACCGUAAAGCAACUUCAAUGGUUAAAUGGUAAACUGCUUCCAGCAUUACAUGCUUCAGCAUUAGGAAUCAAAAAGAAGAAGGGAUUGCAUUUCUUAGUCAAGAAGUUUUGUAGCCACCAAGUUCAUUGCUUACAAUGCAUAUUUUUUUCGAGGUAUGCCAGUAAAAUGAAAACUAAGUUAGACAUGCAAUCUAUGCUUUUGAACAGUAAAACGACAUUAGCAUGGUGUGCAAUGGGGGCUUUAUUUCAACACUUCCUUGUAUGCUUUGAACACGAAUCUCAAUCAGUUAAAUCCAAUAUCUCAUAG